UUCAAAAGCUUCCCUCUAGCAAAAGGCAUAGCAAAAGAAGUAAGAUGGAAUUGCACAGCACACAUUGUAGCCUUUUCCUUAGACUAUUCUUAAUGUUAGCGUUUACAGCUUGUUUAGCAAACGGAGAGAUCCACCAUCAUCAGUUUGUUAUUCAACCAACGGCGGUGAAUAGACUUUGCCAAACCCAACAGGUUAUGACAGUGAAUGGUCAGUUUCCAGGGCCAACCCUACAAGUACACAAUGGAGACACCCUAGUUAUCAAAGUCACAAAUGCUGGCAAAUACGAUAUCAGUCUCCACUGGCAUGGGGUCCGUCAAAUGAGAAACCCAUGGGCAGAUGGACCCGAGUAUGUAACACAGUGCCCGAUUAAACCCGGAGGCACCUACACGUAUCGAUUCACCAUUGAGAACCAAGAGGGGACUUUAUGGUGGCAUGCUCACAGCAAAUGGCUAAGAGCUACUGUAUAUGGGGCUCUAAUCAUAUAUCCCAAGCCGGGAUCUUCAUAUCCCUUCCUAAAACCCACAAGAGAAUUUCCUCUUCUUCUAGGGGAAUGGUGGAAUAGAGACCCAAUGCAGGUCCUUCGACAAGCUAUGAUAACAGGAGCAGCUCCGAAUAUAUCAGAUGCAUAUACAAUCAAUGCUCAACCUGGUGAUCUAUAUGCAUGCUCCAACAAAGACACCACAAUAUUCCCUGUCGAAGCUGGUGAGACGAUUCUUCUUCGAAUCAUCAAUGCUGCACUCAAUCAACAGCUCUUUUUUGCAAUUGCCAACCACCAAAUGACAGUUGUUGAGGCGGAUGCAGUAUACACGAAGCCUUUCACCACUAAUGUUGUGAUGAUUGGCCCAGGUCAAACCACCAAUGUCCUAGUCACCGCUAAUCAACCACCAAGUCGCUACUAUAUGGCAGCUACAGCUUACGCCAGUGCUCCUGGGGUUGCCUUUGACAACACCACCACAACUGCAAUCCUUGAAUACAAGGCUGCUGCUUGCAAAUCCAAAAAUGGGAGUCCUAUAAGACCCAUUCUCCCACAACUACCAGCCUGGAAUGACACAAACACCGCAAAUGCAUUCACAGCUCAAUUUAGGGGUCUUUCUAAGGGGAAAGUCCCACUUGAGAUUCAUGAAAACCUAUUUUUCACAAUCAACCUCGGGCAGAUCAACUGUUCACGUCCAAGUUUCCGUUGUCAAGGCCCCAACAACACCAGGUUCACUGCUAGCAUGAACAACGUAUCUUUUGUAUUCCCUAAAGGAACUUCCAUACUGCAGGCCCUGUACCAAAAUACUCCAGGUGUCUUCACAACAGACUUUCCCCCAGUGCCCCCGUUGCAAUUUGAUUACACAGGCAACGUAAGCCGAGGGCUCUGGACACCUUUACGCGGGACUAAACUAUACAAGUUGAAGUUUGGUUCUCAUGUGCAAAUUGUUUUACAGAACACUAAUAUCUUCACAGUUGAAGACCAUCCAAUGCAUCUCCAUGGUUACCAUUUCUUCGUCGUUGGCACUGGCAAAGGUAACUUUGACCCAACAAGAGAUCCCGCCAACUUUAAUUUGGUUGAUCCACCAGUAAGGAACACAAUUGGAACAACACCUGGUGGAUGGGUAGCCAUCCGAUUUGUGGCUGAUAACCCAGGGGUCUGGCUAAUGCACUGUCACCUUGAUGUUCACAUUGGCUGGGGUUUGGCUAUGGCCUUCUUAGUUGAGAACGGUGUCGGUAAACUAAAUUCCAUAGAGGCUCCUCCACCACAGCUUCCUCAAUGUUGACAACAGCAAAAGCUUCAAGCUCACUUUUACCUUAACAGGUGAACAGCCUAACUGCCUAAGAGACAUUAUUCAUCCAAUAUCAAUGUACCCAGAUUCCGUAUUGUCACUUUGUUAUUCAAGGCUGUUGGACAAGGUAAAAGGCAAGCUCCAUUCAAAAGAUGAUCAUGUUGGUGUGUUUUUUUUAUUGUAAUGUAAACAAGUCUGUUCAUAUCAAUUUAAUAUAGCGGCAACAAUUUGCCUAUAUAUAUUGUAAUUACAAUCCAUCUUUGUUGUUCAAA